AUGCGCAAGUUCGAUUCACUCAUCUCGGAAUACCAACAUGAAAGACAUCGCCCCAGAGAAUCCGAAGCGCUGCUUAUGCUUCGGAAAAUCGCUUCGCUGGUCAAGCCGAUCAUGCGACAACGAGCGUGGCGAGUGGGAACGCUUUGCGAAUUCUACCCUCAUCAGCGUAACCUCCUGGGCUUAAAUGUGAACGCUGGCCAGAAAAUAUGUCUGAGAUUACGAUAUACCUCUGACCAGUGCCAAUUUCUACCUCUGGAACAGGUGGUAGAUACUAUGUUGCAUGAACUCUGUCAUAUUGUGCAUGGUCCACAUAACCGAAACUUCCACGCUCUAUGGAACCAGUUACGUGAUGAAUAUGAAGAGCUAGUCAUCAAGGGAUAUACUGGAGAAGGGUUCCUUUCGCAAGGCAGAAAACUAGGUGGUCGUAAGAUACCCAUUGAUGAAGCCCGCAGACAAGCUCGAGCUGCUGCAGAGCAGAGACGGAAACUUGCUGCGGGGUCGGGGCAAAGGCUAGGCGGUGCACCGGUAUUGCGAGGAACAGACAUGCGCAGAGUUAUCGCUGAUGCUACACAACGGCGGAUAGACGUGACCAAUGGUUGCGCUUCGGGACGUGAUAAUACUAAUGACCUUGCUGAGGAGGCUUCCAGAAACGGUUUCAGAACCAAAGCAGAAGAAGAUGAUGCCAACGAACAGGCGAUCAUGCAAGCUUAUAUUGAGUUGAUCCAACAAGAAGAACGUGAAAGAUAUGGCCCUUCUUACAUUCCCCCAAGUCAAGGCAAUCCCGCUGGACCUCGAUCUAUAACGUCUCCUCCACCGGUUCCAGAGAGCAGUCGCACUACUUCAUCACUAGCGCCGCCACCAGCCGAACCCGCCGAUCUCAUAUCCGACAGCAGUGCAUAUGAACAGCCAUGGACAUGUCCUAUUUGCACACUCGAAAACCCACCCAACUUCCUAUGUUGUGAUGCAUGCGCAGUAGAGCGACCCCGGCCGUCUAACCCGACAUCGGUUUCAGGGCCAGCCGCCGCAACCUCUGAAGCCAGAGCGUCUCGGGGCAGGAAUAAGCGGACAUUGAGCGAAACUGGCAGCAAACCAAAUUUCAAGAAUCGAACCAAAGCCGCUGAGUCUCUUGCUGCCAUAGAAAGAAACGCGCAGAAGCGUCCGUUGGGCUGGGUCUGCCAUUCCUGCGGAUCUUUUAUGGAAACGGAAUAUUGGACGUGCUCGAAUUGCGGGUUGAUGAAGCAGUCUUCAUGA